AUGGCAACACUGAAAAACACCAAGCAAAGGUCAGAAACCAUCUCUGACAUCGCAAAAGAUGUAAUACGACUUCUCAAGGAAGAGAAAGAAACUGUCGGUGUCGCCGAGUCCUUAACAGGCGGGAGUAUCAUGGCCGCCCUCACAGCAGUCGAAGGCGCAAGUUCUGUCUGUCGCGGUGGCAUCGUUUCGUACAGAACUGGCAUAAAGGUCAACUUACUCGGAGUUAGUCAAUCCAUCCUCACAAAACACGAAGCUGUGAGUGGGGAAGUCGCGGAACAGAUGGUGGCUGGCGCUCGCAGUAUCACGACGCUCGACACACCAACGACGUGGGGACUCAGCACUACAGGUGUGGCUGGACCUGGUCAAGAAGAAGGAAAAGCACCGGGGACUGUGGUUAUUGGAGUUUCGAGGUCUGGCCAGGACAGGGCGUUUGGGCCGUUUUACUUCUCAGGGGAUCGGGAUGCUGUCAGGAAAGCUACAGUCACGAAGGCUUUGGAACAGUUGAGAGAACUUCUCCGUGACCGAGAUCACAUGGAUGAGCGACCAUGA